AUGAGGCUACCACAAGGCUUCGCCGUCGCCAUCCUCGCCUCGCCUUUACAGAACUGGGAAAUAGAGCGCCGCAAAUCGAUUGAAAUUGGGCCAAAGCCAUGGUCAUCGCGGUGGUCGGUUGGCAAGAUUGCAGACGCGACUUUGAGCUCGUCGCGCCAAGCGGCCAUCGCGUCUGGGAAAAAUAAAUUUCCCACGUCACUAAAUGGAUCUUGGCGCUACGGGUCGCUCUACCCAUCCACGACAGUCGACGACCAGAAGGCAAACAACGACGAGCUGAAGAGUCUAAUGCACCGUCUCUGUGCACUGAAACGGGUUAGCUCUGCCAGGCUACAGCGUAACCUUUUCACUUCGACGGUCUGCAGGAACCUCGAAGUUGGUUCUUCGACCCCGUCAGCACCACCACCACCGCCCAGCUCGAAUGUUCCUUCAGUCUUUAGGCGGAAGAGGAGGUCUUUAGGAGGGGUAUCUCCGCAUGAACGAGAUGUUCCAGAGGCUUUGAAGGAACUAGAUCGUCAAGUACGAGCUCUGGAGGAGAUCGCUGGCGUCGAGGAAGUGGUCACCUAUGAACCUACGUUUACCGAACAAGAGCUUACUUCGUUCUACCAAGAUGUUCUCGACCUCCCCGUCGAGGACCAGCAGGAAGCUCAACUGCGCGUCGACCAGCAAGCCGUGCGCAAAGCAAGAGCAGCGGAGGAUGCUGCCAUCGUCGAAGCGCUAUACGAACGGUUCGACGUUGACAAUGCUGCCUCCACUUCUCAGAGACCUUACCUGACCAUAUUGUCUCGUCUGGAGUCGAUAGUGACAAGGUUGGAGAACACGGACAGGCUUGCGAGCCCAGAGGCUGCCACGCAGGAACAGCAGAGCUUCCCCGUUGCGAUUCUGAGCAGCCGUGAAUGUGAAGCUCUCGUUCGUACAGCGUUGAAAAGCAGGGACCUUAGGUCGGCUGAAUCAACACUGGACUUGAUGAAGAGAACUGGCCUCAAGGUCCCAGAACAAUCCAUCACCGACGUUCUAGCAAUUUACUCAAAACUAGGCAAUGCCUCCGCCGCCGACAGCCUCCUUUCCCGCCAUCUGACCGGUCCACCAGUCGAAACCCAACGCCAUUUCCACAUCGUCGCCCACCUCAAUAACACACCUCCAACAGUCAUCCCCACCAACGCCCUCGAGAUCCUCCACUCUUACGAAAACCAAGCCGUCCCAGCACCCAUGGAAACAUACACCUCCGUCAUCACCGCCCUCUUCUCCCGACCAUCCUCCAUCUCCCGUGCCCAAGCAUGGGACCUCUUCGCGCACAUGCGAUACGUAGCACAUCCAGACCCAGACGUCGUGCUCUACACCCUGAUGAUCAGGGCGUGCGCAUCCCCACUCUCCGUAUCGACAACCUCCGAAGUCGAAAAGGCGCUGGACCUCUGGACAGAAAUGACGGUCGACCACAGACUCACACCCACCGUCGGCGCUUACAACGCCAUCAUCCUUGCCUGCGCUAGAGCAGGCACCAAGGAAUUCGUCGCCGAAGCUUACCGUAUCGCACGGCAGAUGUUGGACUCGAACCGGAACGCCGAAGGUAUCUCCGCUUACAGACCUGAUCGCAAGACCUUCGCGGCCUUGCUGGAGGGCGCCAAACGAAUCGGCGACCUCGGGCGUGUUCGAUGGAUUUUGGCAGAGAUGACGAGGAGUAGGGAGGGGUUGGAGGCUGUUAACGCGCCUGUGGAUGCUAGGGUUGAUGAAGAGAUUAUGCUCCACGUCUUCAACACCUAUGCUGCGUAUAAACCGCCGUUCGUCAGGGGGGCUACUAAGAUCGUCAAGCAGGCCGGGCCAGCCAAGGCUUCCCCUCCCACAAAAGAUUCGAAGGCCGCGGCCGCGGCACAAGAAGAGCCAGCACCAGACGACGCCGAACCAGGACCAUUAGCGGAACCCCCGUCUUUCGCCCACAUCCCACCCCAGACACCAGGCGAAGUAGUGCAAGAAGUCAACUUCCUAUUCAACUCUAUCCGCGAAGCGCAAGUGAAGGAAUUACCCGACGGCCCACCACCCCCGUUCAACCUCUUCCACCAAAAAUUCGGCGGCGUCGAGUUGACGCCUCGUCUAGUCACAGCGUACAUGUCCGUCCUGUACAACCACGCUUCCCUGUUCCGCUGCCGUGAAGUAUUCUGGUCUAUCUACGAGGAAUUGGGGUUGGACCGAACGGUUAGAGCCUACGUCGAAGCCUUUGAGCGAUGCGCCAACGCCAAGAAGAAGCGGGAUGGCGGGCACGAACGCGAGCUCGCACUCACCUUUGCCGACGAACUAUGGAAAAAGUGGUACAUCAUCGAGCGGGACGGCGAAUACCAAGGCCGCAAACUCGAUUCCCGACUCAUCGAACGUGUUAACGUCGCUAUGAUGCGUGUUCUCCUUCUCAACAACGAAAUCGACCGCGCGAUGGACAUUGUACGCGGAUUCGCGGAUCGGUAUAGACCUCAAGCUGUUCGGCAGACUCCGCCGAAACCGCUUAUGCGGUCGACCCGGACUGUGCUGGCUGCGGCGAAGCCUUUGGUGCGGAUGACGGGUGCGACGGACGUUCCGGACGACUUUGUGCCUCCCAUGUUGACGUUCAAGGAUGUGGAACUGUUGCAUCAUCGGUUGGUAGCGUAUGGCCGAGUGAAGGAUAUUGGGUACCUCAAGUGGUUGGUCAAGGCUUAUGAAUGGGCGUUGCGGGUUAGGCGGGACCAGGCGACGAAAUAUAUACCACCGAAAACGAAGGCUCCGGCUACGACGACGCCGUCGAGUUCUCCCACCACUUCGGAGAACUGA